GGCAUAUUUUAAAACUUUUUAACAGUUUUUCAUUUUUUUUUUCGGUAGUUUUGACUUUGUUACACUAUUCAAAAAUAAAGGAUCAUGUAAAAGGCGCCGUUUUAAGUAUUGCUCUUUGAGGGACAUGUCCAAAAUGAGAACAUGUAGAUUUUUGCUGCGGAUUUUUGCACUCGGCACAAAAUAAUCGCUAAAGGCUAUGCAGUAGUAAAUAAAUUUGCUACUGAGAAUGGUUGUUUGACUCGAGACAUGGCUACUGACUACCUAACAUGUGGUCAGUGUCUUAGAGAGUUUCCCUUGCAACGUAUCACACUGUUCAUACAGCACAAGAAACUUGACUGUGAUGAUGACACUGAUGUACAGAAUCAAGAUCCUGAAUUGAAGUGUAACUACUGUCCACAGGGAUUUAUGACAGCAUGGGCGCUCCUUGUACAUGCUCAGCUCACUCACAAUCUGAAGAUAUUUCUGGAAAAGGCUUCCAAAUCGCUGCUUAACCAAGUUAAAUUUUCACCUUCUGGCAAGGGAAGCAACUCUGAUCCACCCAGUCUUUUUACAAGUGACAAGUCCAUUCUUCAAGAUAGAAUCUCCAAUACUGAAAAAAUACCAGUAAGGCCUAUAACUGAAAAUUCUGAGAAGAGUCUAACUCCAGAACGAGGUAAAAUAAUUGACCAGUCUACAAUUGUAAAUGUUUCUCUGGCUUCAACAGUAGCCAGUCCAAACCAGGGUAAAAUGGGCUCAAAUAUUCUAGUCACAAGAAAUAUUUUGACGGGCUCAAGAGAAGUUGGUGAAAAGACUGAACUCCAGCAAGGCCAGACAUACUCAGAGAAAACUAUGAUAAGCAGUAAUGCUGCUCCUUUAUUUCAAACCCCACAAACCAGUGCAAGUCAGAAGUUAAAUCUAUUUCCUAUAAAUCAAACCAGUGUCUCUUUACUACCAAAGUUAAACAUGUUGCCAGUCAGUGUUUCGUCUGGUCAAAUAACAAGUAGCAGUUUCAGAGUCAUUCCAACAGUGUUUGCUAGAACGCUUACUCAAACUUUACCGUCAUCUACUGUUCAGUCUACAACAAAUACGCUUGUGACAGUUUUAAAGAAGGAGGUCCCACAAAACUCUACAGUAUUGAUUGACAGUCUUAGUACAGAUAUUCAGAAAAGAACUCCGGAAAACACGACUGUUUUACUGCCAACCGCCAUGACUGUGUCACCACAAUCAUCUACCAGGAUGUCCCAACUAGAAACCAACUCAACCGAUCCCUCACAACUUUCAAACUCAGCUGAAAAAACUAGUAACAUUAUGCCACUGGAAGUGCAUGAAAACCGAAAAAUAACAGAAGACAUCCCGGUUACUCAGAUCAGUGCAUCAAACAGUCUCCCUCAACAUACAAACAAAAAAGAUAACACCCCGGAUAACUGUAUGGGCAGUAUAGAGGUAGAGAAUUCUUCUCCAGAGUGCUGCAACAGUCAGGGUUGUGGGGUGACUGUCAUACCAGGUUCUCAUGAGAAUUUACAGGAAUGUUGCAAUGCUGUGUUGCCAAAGAAACGCAAGAGACACAUGGAACAGAAGCACAUGCCAUUCUCAUGGAGCUCAAGUCGCUAUGCAAGAAGGAAAAUGCUGUUUAGAUCUAUGUCUUCCAGUACAGGGAGAUCAACAGCAUCUCCAUAUACAGGGAGACCAACAGCAUCUCCGUAUAUGCCAAAAACUUCAGCUGGGACUAUUUUCAUAGAUUUGGAAGCAGAUUCGUUAAAUUCUGGAGAUAAGCAAGCAGAUGGCCAGGAAGGUACUGCAUUUAAAGUGACACAAUCGGCCACACCUGGUGUAAGAAUUCUAGGGUCCAGCAGUUCAUCAGUUCAGAGUACUGCAGUGUCAGUGAGCCAAAGCAAACCACAUUCACUGAUACUUAAACCUGGGGCUGUCUAUUCUAUCCCAUUUACUUACAAUGUGCCAACUUCAAAAUCUGUUUCAUCCACAGCUCUUCCUGUUUCAAGAGAAGCGCUUUCAUUGGCUGAACCAUUGCAGCUGACUGGUUCCUCCUCUACAUUAACCAGUAUAUCAGAAUUACCUACAAUUACAACUGAAGAAGGAAACCAAUUAAAUCUUGGUGCUCAAGGCAUAUUUUCAAACCUUGAUACAGCAUUGGUGGGUCAGGCACUUCAGAAUAUUGGAUUCAGACGGAAUACCAGUUCUAAACCGUUUCAGUGCGACAAGUGCACCAUGGCAUUUAACCAGAGAAUACAUUUAAAGAAACAUAUGAGUAAACACACAGGUAUAAAACCGUACAAGUGUGGAGAAUGCAACUAUUCUACUGUGGAGAGAUCUCAUCUCAAAGUGCAUAUCCGCAUACAUACUGGUGAAAAACCAUUCAAAUGUACAUAUUGUGAGUACGCAACAGCUCAGAACAGUACGCUGAAGAUACAUCUGAAACGUCACCAUGGCGGCAAAAUGUUCCAGUGUCAGUCUUGUGAGAAACAGUUCACUCAGGAGGAGCAACUCAAGGGACAUGAAUGGGAACAUGGUACCAAAGUAGUUACUUCCCCUGAACAGAAGACAUCAGAUGUGAAAUCAGCUGCUCAGACAACCAGCCCAAUGCUUACAGCCCCAUCAGUAAGUCAGACCAGCAAUAUCCAGGUUUCUGCUCAAUCUCUUAGCACAUACUCUUCACUGGAGGAGGUAAAAACUUGCCAAACCACCAAUCAACAUCAGGAAUCUGGUAAUAUGGACAACUCCUCUGAAGAAACUGUCAAUCAGACGAAAGAUGCCUAAUUAAUAAAAAAAAGAGCUUUUACCUAAUACAAUACUGUGAAAUGAUUUAAUUUUGUGGGCACAACAUUUAGCAGUUUUGACAAAACAGCUUUUUCAUUGGGGAUAUAGGUUCAUGGAUUUCAGUCAUAAAACAUGCUAUAAAUACAAAUAGGGAAAUUUAAAUGUUCAUUUGGAUAAAAUUUCCUGAGCAACAAUGAAAUCAGUGAAAUUUAGGCCCCACAGAUAUUAUUGAUUUCACAGUGUGUUCUGAAUUUGAUAAUGAUGAAAUAUUAUGAUUUUUGACAACUUUUUGGAAAAUAUACAUACAAGCUGUGCUUAUUGUAUAUAAUGUUAAAUCUUCUUUGGAAAAGUUUGUUUUAAAGAUCAGUUCAAUCUAAAAUGAUCAAUAAUUUCAUACCGUACAAGAUCAGAAAAGAGGAAUCAUUUGAACGAAGCUGUGUUUAGAGACAUACCCCUUCUCAAAAUGAACGUUUAGUAUAUUUUUUUAGUGACUGUAAGUUUGUUAUGCAGGCAGUUGUCAAACAUUCUAACAGAACCAGAUUUGUUUUCUUGUUAAACAAAGAAGAACUCAACUGAGUGUUGUUGUGCAACAAAAGGCUUUUUUGUGCAUCACAGUUAUGAUGUCAUAGCACCGGACGUCAUGGCAACGUACUGAAAAAGAAAACAACAGAAAACAAGCCAGUAUUUGGCGGAUGUUAUCAAGGAUAUUGAUGAUAAUGAUAGUAAUUCUGAUAUUGUAUUAGAAUCUAAAUAUGAGCUGCCCCAUGAGAAUACCAACAUAGUGCAUUUGCUACCAGCAUGGAUCCAGACCAGCCUGCACAUGCAAGCAGUCUGGUCAGGAUACAUGCUGUUUGCUUUCAAAGCUUAUUGCAAUUAGAGAAACCGUUAGCAAAUGCUGGUUGCAAAUGCACUUUGUUUGUUUUCUCAUUGUGCAGCUCAAUUACUAGUAUUUAAUAAUAUAUCUCAAACAGUGAUUUUUGUCUUGAAAGAAAUCAUUGAUUGUUGUUCUCAUGCGUACUAUUAUGCCAUUUGUUCUAUACCCUCUGGAUGUAAUUCUUUUGCAUUUGAACUCCAAUAAUUUUAUUCAGCGACAUAUCACUGUUAUAGAUAUAUUAUCUCUUAAACAUAAUUAAUUACAUCAGACAGUUAGUCUGUAUGAUGAAGAUUGAUAUAAAAGUGCUCUCGUUUAGUUAUAUUUAUUUUUUUGUGUAUAUUUAAUUUCUGUGAUAAUUUUGAAAUGGUUAUAGUGGUUGAUGGAUAUCUAACAAAAAAUAAGCUUUUAAAUUAAUUUUGCUCAGUUGUAAAUAAGAUAUUUAUGAAGUGUUCUGCUUUGGUUUUUUAUGUUGUAUACAUGACUGUGCUAUUUACAUUUUUUUUAUAUAUAUUAAUGUUAACAUUAACAUGAUUUUGCUAAUUUUAUUAACCCUUACCCUCCUAAAUUUCUAUAAUGAACUUGUCCAUCUUUCAAUUUGGACAGUAUCAUUGACUGUUAAAAGGGAUGCUAACCACAGAGAUACUGACUGAAUGGCGAACAAUGCAGAUCAUGAUCAGACUGCACAGAUGUGCAGGAUGAUCAUGAUGUACACUGGGCGCAAAGGCAGAAUCAAUGUGUCCAGCAUGAUAAGGUUUAACAAGAUUUAGAAACAAUUACCAACUCUCUUUUUACCUAUAGAGAGUUGCUAGGACACAUUUUCUGACAAACAGCCUUGACAUUGAGGUGCAUGUAUCAGGAUUCAAUUUUUGGUAUUUUGCAUUGAAUAUCUGUUGAAACUGUUUGCUAUGUAUGAAAAGUACAAUCUAUUAUUAUGACAUGCUGCUUGGAACUUAGGCAACAUGUAUGUGGGAUUUAUCUAUCACAUAACUAUCAAACAACAAAGCCAAGUUGACAAAAAAGCUUUAAUUAGAAGUUCUAUGAAUCAAUUUCAUCUGGAGUAUCACUUGACAAAAAAAUGCAAUGCCCUAAUUUAUAUUGGAAUUUUGCUCCAUUGUACACGCAGCCUCGAGAGGUUUUAAUAAGUAGGUAGGAAGGUAAUGUUUUGAAGAAUCUAUAUUUGUGAAUUGUUUAGUUUUUAAUGGACUUUUUAAAUAUCUCAAGACGGUAUAAAACUUGCCAAGGUGGGUAACUAGGGACCAAGUUUGCUAUCAUGCAAUUUGAAAACAGGUGCUUCAGAUGCAGUCAAUUUAGUUGUUACAUACCUAUAAAUGAGCCCCGCCAUAAGAAAACCAACUAGUGCAUUUGCGACCCGCAUGGAUCCAGACCAGCUUGCGCAUCCAUGCAAUCUGGUCAGGAUCCAUACUGUUCUCUUUCAAACCCUAUUGCAAUUAGAGAAACUGUUAGUGAACAGUAUGUAUCCUGACCAGACAGUGCAGAUGCGCAGGCUGGUCUGGGUCAAUGCUGGUUGCAAAUGCACUAUGUUGGUUUUCUCAUGGUGUGGCUCAAAUAUGCUACGAAGAUAUAAACUCUCCUUUUGUUUGCAUUCUGUCAAUGGCCUAAAUAUUCUGUUUUAAAGAUUGCAUGACAGUCAGUAUUUUACAGUUUUUGACAAAACUCGAAUGACAUUGAUAGUAAAAUUUCAGACAUUAGUACUUAAGGGCAUUAUACUAUAGUGCAAUUCACAACUCUGACUAAAUGUUUUAUGGUUCUUCCUUAUACUGAAUCAUUUUAAGUUUGUGUCUGUUUUUGUUAUAUAUUUUUAAAUUGCUGGUAACUUACUAUGGACAAACUAUUCAUGUUUUGUUCACAUGAGUAUUAGAUGAUCAUUUAUUUUUAUGCCCCGCUUCGAAGAAGGAGGGGUAUAUUGUUUUGCAGAUGUCGGUCGGUAGGUCGGUCGGUCUGUUGGUCGGAAUGUAGACCAAUCGGUUUCCAGAUGAUAACUCAAAAACUCUUGGGCCUAGGUUCAUGAAAGUUGAUAGGGAGGUUGGUCAUCACCAGCAGAUGACCCCUAUUGAUUUUGAGGUCUGUAUGUCAAAGGUCAAGGUCACAGUGACCCUGAAUAGUAAAACAGUUUCCGGAUGAUAACUCAAGAACGCUUAGGCCUAGGGUCACAAAAGUGACCCCAAUUGAUUUUGAGGUCAGUAUGUCAAAGGUCAAGGUCAUAGUGACCAGGAACAGUAAAAUGGUUUCCAGGCAAUAACUCAAGAACGCUUAGGCCUAGUAUCAGGAAAAUUGAUAGUUAGGUUGGCCAUGACCAGCAGAUGACCCCUAUUGAUUUUGAGGUCAUUAGGUCAAAGGUCAAGGUCACAUUGGCCAGGAACAGUUAAACGGUUUCUGAUCUUCUUGUCCAAAACCAUAGGGCCUAGGGCUUUGAUAUUUGGUAUGUAGCACAAUCUAGUGGUCCUCUACCAAGAUUGUUCAGAUUAUUUCCCUUGGGUCAAAUAUGGCCCCACCCCGGGGGUCACAUGGUUUAUAUAGACUUGUAUAGGAAAAAACUUUGAAAAACCUCAUGUCCAAAACCACAGGGCCUAGGGCUUUGAUAUUUUGUGUAUGAAAUCAUCUAGUGGUCCUCUACUAAGAUUGUUAAAAUUAUUCCCCUAGGGUCAAAUAUGGCUCUGCCCUGGGGGGUCACAUGGUUUACAUAGACUUAUAUAGGGAAAAACUUUGAAAAUCUUCUUGUCGAAACCACAAAGACUAUGGCUUUGGUAUUUUGUAAUGUAGCAUCAUCUAGUGGUUCUCUACCAAGUUUGUUCAAAUUAUCCCUCUAGGGUCAAAUAUGGCCCCACCCCAGGGGUCACAUGGUUCAUAUAGACUUGUAUAGGGAAAAACUUAGAAUCUUCAUGUCCAUAACAUACAUCAUUCAAAUUUGAACCACAUGUAUAGUUUUGAGUGGCAAGAUGAACCUUGACAUGAGUUGACCUUGAUCUUGACCUAGUGACCUGCUUUCACAUUUCUCAAGCUACAGCCUUCAAAUUUUGACCACAUGCAUAGGUUUGUUUACCGAAAAAAACUUUGACCUUGUUAUUGACCUAGUGACCUACUUUCACAUUUUUGAAGGUACAGGCUUCAAAUUUGGACCACAUGCAUAGUUUUUUGUUCCGAAAUAAAAUUUGACCAUGAUUUUGACCUAGUGACCUACUUUCACAUUUUAGGUUAAUAGGUUAAAGGUCAAGGUCAGAUUAAACCAGAAUGGUAGAACUUUUGUUUAAAGUGAGCAUAUAAUUUCUGUUACUUGUGCAAUUACUGAAUGCAUCAAGGGGGGCAUUUCGUGUUCGACGAGCUCUUGUUCAGUUAGAAUUAUGUUUGUAUUUUCUGAGUAUAUACUGUUAAAAUCCAUGAAAACAUGAAAAAUGAUUGGAAGAGUGCAGGAACAGUGUUAACAUACAGCUGCUGUAUAUACAUACUGGGGUAAGGUCAGUUGAAGCAUUUAGACAAAGCACUGUAUAGAAACUUUUUUAAGGUUGGCCUAACACAUUUCAGUUGUAAAUUCUGACAGACCUUAUAUAAAUGUUUGAUAAAAUCCAGGAACUCUGCUGAGUAAACAUAAUUGAGUGGUAGCCCCAUGUGGUUCUGGGACGAUCUGUGUAUGAAAAGAAUUAGAACCACUGCCUUACCCUUGCAUGAUCGUAAGAGGCGACUAAUAGGGUUUUAACACUUGGUUUUGCAGUAACUCUGUGAUUCCAGCAGGUAUGCAGAUUUUGAUUCCAUACCUCGUGUUUUUAUUUCAAUGUAAAUGAGAUGUGGAACCAAAAUUUGUAGUCCUGUUUGGUGCCAUAUAACCUAUACUGUGUUGGUGCGCCGUAAAGUCCAAAUAAAUAAACAGAUAAUUGAGUGGUAAAAUCAAGGAACUUUGCAGUAACUAACAUGACAUAACUAACAUAACUGCCUUUUUUGACAUAAUUGGGUAAAAAUGUUUGAUGCAAAGGUGCAACAGGAUAGGAUGUUUCUUCAUGUGUUCCCUACAAGGCAAUCAUUGGUUGGUGAAAUGUUUUGUAAAUACAGACUAAAAUUAACUCAUUUUGCAUAUAAUUCACAGAAAUAACCUGAAAGAACUGUCAGUUGACAGUCCACUGCUAAAAAAGAAAGAACAGACCUUUUAAGUUUUCAACUUCAAGGCAAAAUAAUGGAAAAAAAAGUUCUGCAAAAAUGUUUUCUUUCUUCAAAAAAAAGACAUAGGUACUGAUUUCUCUUGACAGACUUGGGUAUCAAUUUCUCUUAUGACUUAGGUACCAGUUUCUAUUAAAAAGACGGGAUGAAUUUUGCUUGAAAGACAAAGAUACUUAUUUCUAUUGAAAGAAGUUUCUGUCAAUUUCUGUUGAAAGAAUCAUAUAAUUAUCAAUUUUUUUUUGAAGAUAAAGACACUAAUUUCCCGUAAGUACAUUUGUGUCUAUUCAAAGAGGUAGGUACCAAUUUCUCUUCAUAAACAUAAAGAUCAGUUUCUCUUGAUAGACUAAGAUACCAAAUUUUUCUUGAAUAAUAUCAGUUGCUCUUCAAAUACAUAGGUAUUAGUUUCCCUGAAAGAAGUAAUGUAUUUCAUUGCAUAUUUUGUGUAGGCAACAAAGGGGGGUAAUUAAAGAAUAUACUUCAGAGGGAGAUAAUUUUUACUGGAAAAAAGAAGUUCGGCACUGUGAGUGAUACAGAGAAAUAUUUCGCUGAUAUUUGUCAAUAUUUCACCAGGUAGUAUAAAAUAAAUACCUGUAGUAACCUAUUUUUAAAAUUAGUUAAAUGAAUUUUGAUCUUAAGGUUGUGGACAAUUGGAUAUUUCUGUGCAAUUACAUAUUAAAGUGACCAUUUUGCUUGUUUGUUGUAUUUAAUUUUGUUCUAUGUUUUAUACGCUUUUCAUCAAUUUUGUAAUAGUAUAGAUAAACAUAAAAAUCCACUGUGAUAUUGAUUUAAAUUUUGUUUAUGAAUUCAGAUUUUCACAGUAUGUCAAUGUUCUAAAUAUAUAGAAAGUUUUGUUAAUAAUUGAGUCCAAUGCUCCUUGUAUUUUUUUGAUAUGAGCCAUGCCAUGGGAAAACCAACAUAGUGGGUAUGCGACCAGCAUGGAUCCAGACCAGCCUGCGCAUCCGCGCAGUCUGGUCAGGAUCCAUGCUGUUCGCUAAUAGUUUCUCCAAUUCCAAUAGGCUUUAAAAGCGAACAGCAUGGAGCCUGACCAGACUGCGCGGAUGCGCAGGCUGGUCUGGAUAUAUGCUGGUCGCAUACCCACUAUGUUGGUUUUCUCAUGGCACGGCUCAUAUAUUCAUAUCUAAUUUUAGUUAGUUACAGCCAGUGAAAAGAAAAACAUAAGGUAUCGUGAGUAAUGGGAACUUGAAUUUCAACUGAAAGUAUUUACAAACAAAUUUGACUUUUUAAUUGUAUACAGCAUACCUUAAUAUUAAGAACCGUUUGACCUAGAACUUUCAAACUUCAUAGGGUGGCAGCGCUUAUGGAGUAGACGACCCCAAUUGUCAAAGGUCAAGGUCACAGGGGCCUGAACAUGGAAAACCAUUUCUGAUCAAUAAUAGGGCUGGGACGAUUUCAAAAUUUUGAAACCGGUUAAUCGUUUGUAUGAAAUUGAAUUGAGCCGGUUAAUCGGCCGCCAUAUUGAAAAUGCUGUUUGGUGUAUUUUAUUUAAGAUAUAUCACGACAGGCUAAUCAGAGGCUAUUGAUGAUGUUGGUGUUUUUUAGCGGAAAAAUACUGCUAGUCUACAUGCUGGUCAAAGAAGUGUAUACAUGCAUUAAUAUAAAUUUUAUUGGGAUAGUUGGAUGUUUAUUGUUUGAGAGCGAUUAGCGGUUUUGCUAAAUUAAAAUUGGUUUCACCUAGUAAUCGGAUCGGAUCCGAUUAAUCGAGUAAUCGUCCCAGCCCUAAUCAAUAGCUUGAGAACCACUAGACCCAGAAUGUUGAAACUUCAUAGGAUGAUUGGACGUGCAGAGUAGAUGACACCUAAUAAUUUUAGGGUCACUCUAUUAAAGGUCAAGGUUGCAGUGGACAGAACAUUGAAAUCCAUUUCCGGUUAAUAACUAGAGAACCAUUUGACCUAGAACCUUAAGACUUCAUAGAUUGAUAGAACUUAAAUUUUAGAUGACAGUUAUCAUUUUUUGGGUCACUUGAGUUAAGUUCAAGGUCACAGGGGCCUGAACAUACAAAACGUUUUCCAGUCAAUAACUUGAAAACCACUUGACCCGGAAUGUUAAAACUUAACAGGAUGAUCGGACAUGCAGAGUAGGGGUCACUCGAUCAAAGGUACCCCGAGUAUGAAUGAGUAACUGUGAAUAUGAUGUAUGUUAGGCUUUUUCCGUUUUGUUUUAAUUAUAUUUUGUUUGCUGUUGCUGAUUUUAGGGGUAUAUUUUAUCUGCUCAGACAGAAAUGGUUUGUGGUAUUAAUUCAAAAGUAUAAACAUUGACUUACUGUUAAUUCAUUUAAUUUCAUGGGCUUAAAUUAACACAGAAUCCACAAAAUAUUAGUUCCUCAUGAAAAUUAAUGAUUUUACAGGAUUUUGGCUUUAAUCACCUCUGAUGCUUGUUUCUGAAUUUUCAUAGGUGAUGGUAUUGGGUGUGGAAGCUCAAAGAUAGAUUUUUAUUUUGGUUUCAGUGUCAUAAAGAUAAUGUCCCGAUACGUUUUUGUCCCAUUUUGUUGUUUUUGUUUACUUAAAUGUAAAAGUUGUUUUACAUAUUAAUUGUAAAGCAUUUUUUUUUUUUUUUU